AUGUCAGACUCAAGAUCUAGCUUCUCCCUAAUGUCAUUCUCUGGAAACAGAAGACAUUAUCUGUUGGCUAGCGCAAAUCUCACGACCUGGUGCUCCGAGCCGAGGGGAUGUGUGUUAACACGUGACAUCCUUCUUUUGGAUGCGGUGCAGUUAUGCGCGGCCGUGCCAACACGGUCUAUCGUGCGUCGAGAUGGUGAUGAGGUUUGGGUAGAAGAUGGUUCACAGCCUGAGCUACAAGGCCGUUUAGUGGUGGUGUUGGUGGCGGGUUUUAGGCGGUUCCCCGGCGCGUUGCUCAGAGAGCGACGGUCUCUUGAGCUUCGUAUUUAUAGGAGGAGUCCUGGAGGGACAAUCGAGGCCGAAAAGACCUACGUGGUGGAGCCUGAUCGGGGCAAGUGGGUAGUCAAAUCGGCAUUUGGGAUCAUGAAGCAUGGUGGUGUGACCCUCAUAAAUCCUGGUAAAUCUCGGCCACUGCCCUGA